UUGAAGUCACGUGACGGCGGUGUCUCGCCUGGGGUUGUCAUUUGUAUCGUUAAUAAUUUUCAUUUUUUUAUAGAUUUUUCCGUUACAAAUCCAUUGAUUUCGUCUCUAAAAAAAUUCUAUUAACGACGUGGCGGGAAGGUUUUAAAUCGCGCUUCGUUGUGAUCGCGUUCUUUGUUUUUUUUACAAAAACAAUUCAUUCCUUACCGAUGUUGUUGGUGGUUACUGGGGCGCUAUAAAUGGCAUAACAGGCAGCUCGGAAACUGCUGACGGAUUUUUUUCGUAACUUAACCCUUUGGAAGGAUACUCUCCUCCAGUUUACAAAAACUUUUAAUUUUUUCCUCGAAGUAAAAAUCCUAAAAUUAAUCAUCUCUGGCCAUUGUAUUGUUUUUGCCCGUUCCUGAUUGGUUGUCUCUUCUCACCAACGCUGAUGCUUGCGCUCUGAUUGGCUGUGGCUGAUUCACUCAUCACUUGCUUUUGAUUGGCUGCCUCUGAUCUUCUCUCUGAUUGGCUCUUUCUAUGUCGAACUGAUCUCUGCUGUUUGGUUGGCUAAUUACUCGUCAACGAUUGGCUGUUCUCUCUGAAUCCUCACCUCCCAUUGGCUGUGGCUACCUAAUUGACUCCUCUUUCAUUGGCCCUACCUCAUUUCCCCACUUCUUAUCGCAAAACUAAUUUCUGAUCUCUAAUUAGCUCUACACUGAUCGCUGAUCUCUCAUUCGCCUUACAGCCGAUCUCUGAUUAGCUCUACACUGAUCGCUAAUCUCUCAUUCGCCGUAUAGCCGAUCUCUGAUUAGCUCUACAUUGAUCGCUGAUCCCUGAUUAGCCCUAUAACCGAUAACUGAUUUCCUCUAAACUGAUUGCCGAUUUCCGAUUGGCCGAAUCAGCCGACCCCUGAUUGGUUCAACGCCUACUUGCCGGUCCCUGACACCGCCGGUCUCCGAUUGGCCGUGUCCGCUGAUCGCCGGUCCCUGAUUGGCUGUCGUCGUCGCAGAGACGGCGGCAGCAGCAGCAGCAGCAGGAGAAAUCAUGAUGAGUCUGUCCCACCCGCUGCCCGAGGGCUUCACGGAGCUGGAGGUGUUCGCCUUCGGCACGGCGCUCCUCAUCGAGGCUCUGCUGGGUUUCGUCCUCUGCGGCCUCACCCUCCUCACGUUCCUCUGCGUGAGCGACGCCCGCACCCCCAGCCACCUACUGCUGCUCAACCUGAGCCUGGCCGAUCUGGGGGUCUGCUCCAAUGCGUUCAUCGCAGCCAUGUCCUCCUUCCUGCGCUACUGGCCAUACGGGCCCGAGGGCUGCCAACUGCACGGCUUCCAUGGCUUCGUGACAGCACUCUCCAGCAUCAGCACCAUGGCCGCAAUCGCCUGGGACCGUCAUAGCACCCACUGCUGCCGAGCCCGGACCCGCUGGUCCACCGCCGUGUUCCUCUGUGCCUGGACGUGGCUCAGUUCUGCGUUCUGGGCAGCGAUGCCGCUGCUGGGUUGGGGCCGCUACGACUAUGAACCCCUCCAUUCGUGCUGUACCCUGGACUACACGCAGGCGGAUGGGAACUUCAUCUCGUUUGUACUGCCUAUGGCGUUCUUUAACUUCGUGGUGCCCGUGUUCAUCAUGGUCACCUCGUACAACGCCGUGGAGCGCAAGUUCAAGAGGACUGGCCACAAGUUCAGGACGUCUCUCCCCGUGCUCUCCCUGGUGCUCUGCUGGGCUCCCUACGCUGCCCUCUGCCUCUUCGCUUGCGUCCACAACCCCCUCGUCAUUCCUGCCAAGUUCCGCAUGAUCCCCGCGGUGCUGGCUAAGACGUCUCCCACCGUCAAUGCGCUGCUCUACUCUCUGGGCGGAGGCGGGCAGGGAUUCCGUGGCUCAGCCUGGACUCUGCUCACGGGCGGCGCCAAGCAGCCGCAGACCCCAGAGCAGCACAGCAAGGACAAGUAGUGACCCUUUAACAACAACACACAGGGGGCGUGUCCCUUUAACAUCAACAACACACAGUGAUGUCCCUUUAAUAACAACGACCAGAGAGGGGUGUGCAUUUAGUAACAGCCAGGAGGAGUGUCUAUUUAAGAACAGGGGUCCAUUUAAGACCGAUCAUCAAAACAUCGCGUGUCCCUUUAACACCAAACAGGGCGGAGGGGGUCCUUUAUCACAAUGGGUCCCUUUAAUACGCAGGCGUCCCUUUAAGAACAGGGGGCCCCUUUAAGGCAGGUCACCAAAAUAGGCACCCUUUAAGAACACGGUUUCCUUUAAGGCUGGAGGGGGUCCAUUAAAGACGGGUUACAAAACAGGGACCCUUGACGAGAAGAACAGUUCCCUUUAAGACCAGGGGACACUUUAAGACCGGUCACCAAAAUAGGUACCGUUUAAGAGCAUGGUUCCCUUUAAGACCAGAGGGUCUGUUAGAGAUUGAGGUCGUCAGCCGACAUGGAGGCGCUGACACAGCGCUCUGAAAAAAGGGUCAUCGCCCGAAACGUCGCCUGUUAUUUUAUAUCUAUUACCGUAGCCGAACCGUGUCCAAUUUAACACCACGGGUCGAUCCCAAUUAUAGCGGUUUCUCCCGUAACCCCGCUCUCCCUGUAUCCUAACUCUCCUCCCCUAACCCAUUAAUUUAAUUGAAGAGACGGGGUAGGUCCUUAAUUAGCCCCCCACCAUCCCCCCUCCCCCUAUUAAUUAGCUAGGGCCCCCCAAUCCAAAUCUGUCGAUCAGCGACUGCUGCUGGUUGGAAUAAAGUCUCAGUGUAAAUCUCUC